UUGUUACCUGCAACGAGGACAUCGUGUCAAAGUACUGUUUAAGUCAGCAGAAACUAUGCAUUCCCAAAUAAAGUACUUGGUGCGCCUGAAGCCCUGCGCUGCGGCUCGCAGCAAGCGGAUCCUCGAGAGGAAACUCUGGUCUCACUGUGCAGUAAAACAACAGUUAGAAGGAGGCUUUAGCGCGACAGGACUAAAGCAUGCAGCUGCAAGAGAACAUGCUGUUGUCGGAACACAGCGCUGCAGGAACUAUGCAUCUGACUGCGCGUACAGCCGAGCUUUCGCUUCGGCAAGGGACCACCCGGAAACUUUCUGGGGUGAGAUGGCGCAGAAUAUAAGCUGGUUUGAGCCGUGGAGCAAAACUCUGCACGUAGAGGACCCGGUGUUUCCAAACUGGUUUGUAGGAGGGAAGUUAAACGUGUGCUUCAACGCUGUGGAUCGUCAUGUUGAGAGUGGCCGCGGAGAGCAGCCAGCCAUCAUUUAUGACAGUCCAGUGACUGGAACGAAGAAGAUCGUCACCUUCCGAGAACUGCAGGACCAAGUGUCCAGACUAGCAGGAGUCCUCGUGAAAAAUGGGGUUCAGAAAGGAGACCUUGUUGUCAUCUACAUGCCCAUGGUGCCCCAGGCCAUGUUCACCAUGCUGGCCUGUGCACGGAUUGGUGCUCCACACAGCCUAAUUUUUGGUGGCUUUGCUUCCAAGGAGCUGUCAGUCCGCAUUGAUCAUGCCAAACCCAAGAUGUUGGUGACGGCCUCGUUCGGCAUCGAGCCAGGAAGAAGAGUUGAGUACAUCCCUCUGGUGAAGAAGGCGCUGGAGAUGAGCUCUCACAGACCCUCCAAGGUCCUCAUCUACAGCAGGCCCAACAUGGACAAAGUUUCCCUCGAUCCAGAGCUGAGUCUGGACUGGGACCAGGAAAUGGCCGCUUCUCGUCCACAUGACUGUGUUCCUUUACCCUCCAACCAUCCUCUGUAUGUCCUCUAUACGUCUGGGACCACAGGAACACCAAAGGGCGUUGUGAGAGACACUGCAGGCUACGCCGUUAUGCUGAAAUGGACCAUGUCAAAUAUUUAUGGACUCAGUCCCGGAGAUGUUUGGUGGGCUGCCUCUGAUCUGGGCUGGGUGGUCGGCCAUUCCUACAUCUGUUACGCUCCUCUUCUCCAUGGUAACAGCACCAUUUUAUAUGAGGGAAAGCCAGUCGGGACUCCAGAUCCUGGCGCGUUCUUCCGUGUCCUGUCGGAGUACGGACCGUCGUCUAUGUUUACCGCACCCACCGCAAUCCGGGCCAUUCGGCAGCAGGACCCCGGCGCCGCAGCCGGCAGGAAAUACCCUUUGACCAGGUUGCAGACGUUGUUCUUGGCAGGAGAGCGGUGCGAUGUCGAGACGCUGGAGUGGGCAAAGAAGAACUUUGGCGUUCCGGUUCUGGAUCACUGGUGGCAGACGGAAACUGGCUCAGCCAUCACGUCCUCCUGUAUCGGUCUGGGUAACUCGCUCACGCCACCUGCAGGCCAGGCUGGAAAACCAGUUCCAGGUUACAAUGUCACUGUGAUCGAUGAUGACAUGCAGGAGUUGAAGCCAAGAACUCUGGGAAAUAUUGUUGUCAGGCUUCCUCUACCGCCUGGAGCUGCACUGUCCUUGUGGCAAAACCAGCAUCUCUUCAAGGAGCUCUACUUCUCCAAGUUUCCAGGCUACUAUGACACCAUGGACGCCGGCUUUUUGGAUGAGGAGGGCUUCCUUUACAUCAUGUCCCGCUCUGAUGACGUCAUCAACGUGGCGGGUCACAGGCUGUCUGCUGGAGCAUUAGAGGAAUCGGUGCUGCUGCACUCUGCGGUGGGGGACUGCGCUGUGGUGGGUCUGGAGGACUCUCUGAAGGGCCACGUUCCUUUGGCGCUGUGUGUACUUAAAAAAGAUGUGCAGAAAACUGAGGAAGAAAUCACAAAGGAGGUGGUGAAGCUGGUGAGAGACACCAUCGGACCUGUAGCCGCCUUCAGGAACGUGCUCUUCGUCCACCGGUUACCGAAGACGCGUUCCGGAAAAAUCCCCCGCUCUUCUCUGGCCAACCUGGUCAACGGCAAACCCUACAAGAUUACGCCAACCAUCGAGGACCCAGAUGUGUUCGAAGACAUUGAGAGGCAAGUAGAAAACGUCUGGAGACGACAUGCAGAUUGAACACAUGGGAAAACGAAUAUUUUAGAGAAAUUAUUCCACUAAUCAUUUUUGUAAGUAAAUUACUGAUGAGGUAAAACCAAACUGCACUUAACUUUGUAAACAUUUUUAAUGAAAACUAAUGCAAACAGCUCACUAACCGUUUCUAUUUUUUAUUGACAAUGAAAACUUGUUUGCUCACCACUUAGUUUUGACCAAAGUACAAGAAGUAAUAAAU